CGGAUUUCAAUUGAUUGCUCCUUAUCGUUUUUGACCUUGAGGCUGCUAAUUGUUACAAUCUCGAUUAAACUGCGUUUGUAUGCGAAAAACUAUCAUCUGUACUUCAACGUUUUCCAGAAAUAGUUCAAAGUAUUCUGUUACCAGAAAUUCCAUGGAUAAAUCGAGGACUUAAGAGUUCUCUGGCUCAACCAACCUAAAAUGCUUUUGUUGCAAAAAAUACGUGCUAACUUGUUAACUGCAACCCCAAAAUACUUUCCAGAUUUAAUAAUCACUCCUCUGGCCAUUACUGUACUGAAUCAAAGUCACCAAUCGAACAAGAAUCUAUUAAUAAUAAUGUGGAAAAGAUACAGUUUUCGAAGUCUAUGAUGAACAUUGGGAGGUAAACCCAGUUGUUGAGCAGCUUCAUAUAUCUCCUAAAAUGAGGCCCGAAGAAAAUCUGUCUUUUAUACGCAUGGAAAAUCUUUUUGAUAUACCAGAAUUAGUGGAAGCAUUAAAACGUGAAAAUAUCCGAGAUAUUGUUUGCCUAAAUGUGGAUCGUAACUUUCUGGCUCCUUAUAUGGUUAUUGGAAACGGUGUAUCUAAAAGACACAUUCAAAACACUGUUGUCCAUAUACACAAACUGUUAAAAUACAAAUUGAGGAAUACAAGUAUCCCAAUACCAUUGUUCCAGGGAAUCGAUGGAUCCUGCGAGUGGAUAGCUGUCGAUAUGAGCACCAUUUUUCUUCAUUUGUUUCUACCUUCUACAAGAUUAAAGUACGAUUUAGAAUCACUCUGGUGCGCUGGUCCACAAUAUGAUGACCAACUUUUUCAGAAAAACACAGCAGAAUUACCGAAUAGAAACUUUAAUUGGGAACAAUUAUUAUCGGAAAUUCAACAGGCCAAACAAUGUUGACCGAAAUUGAGAGGAAAACUUUACAAAUAUACGUAUAUAUCCACUUUUGAUCAUAUUUCAAAUCAGGCACAGACUCUAUCUGUAUUCGAUGAAGUUUCUAGCGAACUUUUAUUUUAUUAAUUACUAUGUAUAUCUCGUCAGAGUAUUUAAUUUUUCUUUUCGAAUUAAAGACCCAG